AUGGAAAAGAAACUCGAUGAGGUUUUCGAUAAGGUUGCUACUCUUGAAGAAAGGGGAAGUCAUAGUGAUGCUAGACGUGAAGAAAUCCACCUUGGCAAGCAACCUAUGGGCUCAACAAGUGUUUUCCCAAAUCGAUCUAUCCAAGUUGAUGAUUUUGGCGAAAGGCGUCAUACUAGUCCAAGGCCUACAUCUAUCCAAGGCCGACGAGGAAGACGGGAUGCUACCAAAGAGUUACUUGAUGAAUUUGACUUGGAAGAAGAUAUCCAUAACCGAAGGAGCCGAGUUCGAGUUAAUGAGGUUGAUGAUAACAUGCAGUCCAUCAAGUUCUCCAUACCACCUUUCGUAGGAUCGGCUGAACCUAAUGAGUUUCUUGAGUGGAAAAGCAAAGUGGAGAUGAUGUUUGCAUGUCAUAAUUACUCGGAGCGCAAGAAAAUUCAGCUUCCUGUUGUGGAGUUUAAGGAGUAUGCUCUUGUUUGGUGGGAGAAGAUACAAGCUGAUAUUGCAAGGUUCGGAAUGCCUCCGAUUGAGACAUGGGCAGCCCUUACUCGAGCUAUGCAUGCACGUUUUGUGCCCCCGCAUUAUCGGAUGGAUCUUCUUCAGAAAAUUCAGUUUUUAGUCCAAGGUAGCAAGACGGUUGAGCAGUACUACAAGGAAAUGGAGAUACUUAUGAUGCGGGCUCAGCUUGUGGAAGAUGAUGGAGUCACCAUGUAUCGGUUUCUCAAAGGGCUGAGGCGUGAUAUUAUGAUUCAAAUUGAAUCGCAUGGAAAGGUAGGAGUAAGUGUGAGCUUUGGAAAGACGUCACCAAAUUUCAACAAGUUUGGGGGUAAUACGGGACCAACAAAAUCUUGGCCCAAAGGAGAUGAUAAGCACACGACCAAGAAUGAGCCUCUUAAGGUGGUUAAGCGUGAUGAACCAAGGAAAGUCAGCAAGGAUGGUUCACCAAACAAAGCAAAGGAAGUCACAUGCUUUAAGUGUCAAAGGAAAGGUCAUUAUGCCAAUACAUGCCCUAAUGUGCGAACUGUUGUGCUUUGUGACAAUGGGGACUAUGUACUUUUGUCGGAUGAUGUGGGUGAAGAUUGGGAACAUGAAGUUGAGGCGAGUGAGGAUGAAGUAAUCCAAGAGACGGAAGAGCACGUUGAAGAGGAUUCAUCCGGGGAGUCUCUAGUGGUUUUGCGAAUGCUUGGAGCAGUUCCCAAGGAGUCGGAAAAUUUUGUUGAUCGGGUUAAGGAGCAACGGGAGAAUUUGUUCCAUUGUCGGUGCAAGAUUGGUGGGAAGCGAGCGUCGAUAAUCAUUGAUAACGGAAGUUGCACCAAUGUCGUAAGUUGGUAUGUGGUAGACAAGCUUGGACUCCAAACUAUCAAGCAUCCAACUCCAUACCAUCUUCAAUGGAUGAACUCUAGUGGAGAUAUGAAGAUCACUAGGCAAGCCAAAGUUCCAAUUUCAAUCGGCCCCUACAAAGAGGAUGUCCUUUGUGAUGUUACUCCGAUGACCGCAUGCCAUGUGCUUCUUGGCCGACCAUGGCAAUCCGAUAAAGGAAUUAUCUAUGAUGGCAAGACUAACAAAGUUAGAUUUUAUGACAAGGGCUACAAGGUAAUGAUUCCUUCUUUGCCAUUGAAGGAGGUUCGAAAAGAUCAAGAAAGUUUGCGAAAGAAGAUGCAAGAGGCUGAAAGCCUUAAAAGAGCUAAAGGAAAAGAAGUAUCCACAGAGGAAAAGAGAGAGUCUACUGCUAAGGGUUCCAACAUCCUUCUUUCACUUACCGAUUUUUAG